GUUGAAGCGGUUUUACGACGGCGCAUUGUGACGGGCCCCGACCGCCUCUGAUAACGCACAUAUCGCGACAAUGACGUGUCGAUCGCUUUCAACUUGUUGUUUGUUUUUCAUCGUAAAUAAUUGACGCGGCGCUAUCGCGACAAAGGCGGUGAACGCAGUAGAAUCUUCUUCGCUGUCGCAAAGUCAUAAAACUUGGUUGGAAAUCAAUGCAAACAAUAAUAAAGAAAAAAGUGUGCCAAUAAGUCGGAAGCGUUUUGAGCAAAGAAAGCAUUGUGUGUACAUAAACACGAAGUGAAAUCAGUGAGAAACGAGCGUGUUGUGGUAAAUCCACAUUCCCAUGAGGAGCACUUACAUAUACAUACAUGAACAUAUUUUCAAAUGAAUGUGAGUAAUAAGUAUGAAAGACUUGUCUUAUGAAACGGUUUCGCACAUUCUCAUUUGCACAUGGCAAAUGUGGAAAUACGAAAGGGCUUAUCAACUAAUGUGCACAGUGCUAAAGUUGCUCGCCGCCAACACUCAAUUCAAUUGCAUGCAUAUUAAACGGGAAAAGCAAACAAGAAAUCAUAAAAAUUAACAUUUUAAUAACUAAAGACAUACAUACAUGUGCAAUUAUAAAACGCCAAUAAAAUAUUCGUAAACAUUGCAAAUAUAGUGCUUACAUACAUACAUAUUUAUUACAAGCAGAGAAGUUCAGCAAAAACACGUUUUGAUUCCAGCUUGUUGUGCAGCGGGAAAAUUUCCAACAAAAGUUCGUAUGCGCGAAGCGAAAUACUCGUACAUGGAAAAGUAACCAAUCGGUCAAUUUAAAUAGCACCGAGUAAAUAGAAAUUUCCUACCGGAAAUGCCAGAAGCAUAAACAAAAUGAAACUGUUGUUGAAAGUGAAUUCAGAAAGAGCUCGCCAACGCUACGGCGGCUCCUCCCCUGCAGCGCCCACCGCGGCCGCCAACACGAGACGCAUCAACCAAAAUAAGACAAAUGUUAACACCUCAGUCUUCCAAAAGCUUUCCACAUCCUCUAAACUACUGUUGUUGCUCAUUGUUGUGGUUAUAAUUGUGGCUGUAGUGAUUAUUUACAUUGAAAUACAGCAAGGAAAGAAACAGCCACCAGGGCCCAUAGUGUUUGGCAAUACCUAUGAGCAUGGCACAUUUCCGAAUUUAGGAAACGGACAUCUGGUGAUAGAUCGCGAUCAAUGGGGCGCCUCGGAGUUGUCGAAAACCCUUACAAUACCACUAAAACAUCCGAUACCAUAUGCCAUCAUCACGCACAUUGGCGUCCAGUCGAAGCCUUGCGAAACCGUUUACAAAUGCUCAAUUAAAAUGCGUACGAUACAAGAUUCGGCGAUUGCGGAAAAAAACCUACCCGACAUACAGGCGAACUUUUAUGUUGGCGACGACGGCAAUAUUUAUGUGGGACGUGGCUGGGACUACGCAAACACUUAUGCGAAUGACACCUUGGCUGUUACCUUUAUGGGCGAUUACGGACGAUACGAGCCGAGUGCAAAACAAUUAGACGCGGCCAAAUAUCUUCUAUCGUAUGCUGUUGCCAAUAAAUACCUUGACGUAGGCUACAGGUUGGUGGCGCAAAAUCAGACGAAGGCCUCAAAGAGUCCUGGUGCCAAUGUUUACCGUUACAUUAAAAAAUGGCCACACUUUUAUCCAUGUGGUAUUGGAGACAAUAAGAGGUGCGGCGAUGAACUGCACAUGCCGGAUGUUUGGGAUGGAAAAAUGUAAACACUAUAUUGACAACUCUACGUCUAAGUAAAUAGUCUAAGUAAUAGCCAUAAUCUAUAUGUAGGGGAUAGUUGUAGUUAUAUAUAACAUAUAUUUGUAUAUAAAAUGUGAUUGGUUUUUAUGAAACGUUUUCACGCAAUGAUAUUAUUUUCAGUUAUUUGUUGUUUAUCACACAUCGACAUACCUAUGGUACCCUCAUUGCAGCGUACAAAGCGAUCUUUAUGCCUCUUAGCAUACAUUUUUUAUUGUAUAUAAUAAUUAUACAAAUGUUAGCAUUAAGUUGAAUACAAUGUUUGUAAACAAGUUGAAAUAAUAAAUGUCUUUAAAUAAGGUA